GAGCUCCUCAGCCAAUCAGGACUCUCCCUCCCACCCUAAACACCACCAACAAAACAGAGAAACCCCUGAGGAGGUUCCCAGACAGCUCUCUGCAGGCAUGCUGUUUGGAUUUCAAUCUGUGCAGCGAGACGACACGAUGAAGAACUUUGGUGUUUUAAUAUGCAUCCUGGCAGCUCUGACAACAACUGAAGCAGGCUUAUUGAGAGGAAAAAGAAGGCAGAGAUUUUCUGGUUUCUCUUCCUCCUCCUCGUCUUCUUCGUCCUCUUCGUCCUCUUCGUCUUCGUUCUCCUCCUCCUUUGAAAGUUCAGGAGGGAUCUGUCUGAAUGGAGGCAGCUCGGUCCCAUCCCUGACUUCGGGUGAACACAUGUUCUGUCUGUGUGCUGAUGGUUUUGAGGGCAGACACUGUGAAACAGUGAAAGGAGCUCAGUGCUACGACGGCGUGGGACUGUACUACAGAGGCAGAGCGUCUAAAUCAGAGAGUGGACGAACAUGUGAGAAGUGGGAUUCAGACACCAGGGCGCUGUACAUGUCUACUGAUGUCCGCUCAGGGAGGCACAACUACUGCAGGAAUAUUCACUACAAACGGCGUCCGUGGUGUCACGUGUGGAAAAACCAGCAGCUGGUUUGGGAGUAUUGUAGUAUUCCACGUUGUGGUAUUGAGUUGUUUCCAGCCCCACCCUCACCUGCACCACCUGCACCCACGGAGCCAGAGCCAGCUGCAGAGUCGUCAUGUGGCCAGCGCUCCAGGAGGAAGCUGAUGAAGAUCGUGGGUGGAACAGUUGCCACUGUGGAAUCCCACCCUUGGGUCGCUGCCAUAUUUUGGCGCAGCAAAUCCAAGGAGAGGGUUUUCCGCUGCGGGGGCAGUCUGAUCUCAGCCUGCUGGGUCCUCACAGCUGCCCACUGCUUCCCCGACGGCUCCCACGCCAAGCAACGUCGCUUCUCCGUCAUCCUGGGGAAAAAUGUCAUGAAUGAGACCGACCCGACUGUGGAGCAAACAUUCAGGGUGGAAGAGAUCAUCAUGCAUGCCGGGUUUGACAACAGUGAUGGGGACUUCAACAACGACAUCGCUCUGCUGAAGCUGAGGGCCAAACAUGGGAAGUGUGCAGAGGAGAGUGACUCGGUGAAGACCGUCUGUCUGCCGCCGGCUCAGCAAAGCCUCCAGCCUGGAGUCACCUGUGAGAUCGCUGGAUAUGGGAAAGAGAAAUACGGUUUGUGGUACAAGUCGCAGUUCCUCAGAGAGGCUCAGGUGAACCUCCUCGCCGACGAUGUGUGUCAACACGAGGACUAUUAUGCAAACAUGAUCAGUGAUAACAUGUUUUGCGCCGGUCGUCCCGACUGGAGCCAGGAUGCCUGCGAGGGCGACUCGGGAGGCCCUCUGGUGUGCGAGGUCGGCAGCAGGCUCUUCCUGUUCGGAGUCAUCAGCUGGGGCGACGGCUGCGCGAAGGAGAAUCGACCCGGCGUUUACACCCGAGUGACCAAUUACAACCGGUGGAUAGAGGAGAAGACGGGGCUGCCGUCCAUUGCUGCCGGCUCCAUGUUUCCUCAGAAGUGAGGCUGCUGCUGUUUUGCUCGUUUCCUUGGUGGCCUUAAAGGAUAAAGCUGCAAUAUUUUACAUUUUUCUUAAACAUCCCAUGAAAAGGCAAAAACCAACGAUGAAUUCAUCCACUAACAAACAUCAUCAGUAUAUCUAAAGCCUGAUAUAUCUUAUUCCUGUGUGCAAUACAGCUCCAUUGUCAAGACUAAGCUAUGUGAGGCUGUACUUAGACUACAUCCACACUAAUACCUUUUUGAUUUAAAACACAUAACGUUUGUUAUGUUUAUUCCUAGCGCCCCUCCCUCCAGAGUAGGCUCUCAUGACCCAACCCCCUUUUUGGGGGAAAACAACCCCGUAUCGCUCAUAGACGGCAACGGUCCAGACACACUGGGCGAGUCAGCAGCGCCUGAUGAUUCACAGCAACAACAGACAGUGAAAGUGAUCGUUUGACUGUAUAUUGACAUCGUACCAGCUACAUUACUACAGUUUUGAUGUCGUAGAUGUUGUAGAACAUGCAGUGACUUGCACGGCUCCAUGAAUGAACACAGUACUGGGUUUUAACUGUGGAUUGUUACUAUAAUUUACAAAUUACCACAUGUUUCUUAACCUUUUUCUGUCUAAAGUAAAUAUAAAUGACAUUUAUAAUGAAAUGAAAUGGCCAUUAUGAAAGGCAAACUCUAUGUAGAAAGAAAGGGCUGACGGCAGCAGCAGCAGUAACGCAGUUGGUGUGAACAACCGACGCGUGAGUCACGCAGCAGUUCAGCGAGGCAACCGUCAGGCGCUGCUCACGCUCCCAGUGAGUUCAGUAAGCAGAAGAAGUUGAAGCAUGUCUCCAAACUUCUAAUCCAAAAACGCUGAUCUAUGAUUUGUUCCCCUGCCAUGUCCUAAAAUAGAUAUAAUUGAGGGUCUUUAUGGUGUCAAGCUAUUAACCAGACAGAUUUGUUUAUGCGCCAGAGAUUCACACAAGUUCACACAAGAUGGGCAAAUUACUCAGUUUUAUUUUUUAAGUAGGUCUAUUUAACAUAAAAAUGCUGCUGCAGUGUACUUAUUAUUUUGUUAUUUUCAGUCUUUAAAAGUCACCAGAGGGCGGGAAACAAAGUUUCUGAAACUCUAAUUUGGCAUAGUUACGUUAGCAAAUGUAGAUUCAUCCGCAGCUGAAAGUAGUCCCCAACAAAUGCAGUAUUUCCUCCUGUUUGAGUAAAGUUUGGUAAAAACUACAGUGACCAGCUGUUUUAGGAAAAUACUGAGUCUUUAUUAAUAAUGAAACUAUAUAUUUAUGAGUAGUAAGAAGCAAUGUUCUUGGAGCUGAGAGCCACAGAGAGGGCAAAGACGUUAUAAAGUAUUAAAAGACGGACUAACACGUUGUUGGUUUGGGUCCUUUCGUGGGAUUUGUUUAAAAUCUCCAGCGUUACCGUUGAAGGAUCAGUGAUAUGCAUGUUUUAGCCCAUUUGCUAUAAAUCAUGUCUAUUUUACAUCACAGUUAAAUUCUGCAAACAUGCACGCUGCUUUGUUUUACAUUUUGGGAUAUAUUUUUCCAGUUUCCAUUCAUUUCUUUCAAUAGUAACAAAUACAAACUAUCUGACUUCACAACAUGUAUUUAAAAGUGGUCAGCAAUAAUGUAAAAUGCACAUGAUUUGUAGUUAAACAGCUCAAACAUGCAAAAAAAAAACCUGUUAUGGUCCUUUAAUAUAUUUUUUAAGCUUUGUUUUUUUUUAAUACUGAAAUUUAAUUUCAAUACAUACAAUGUGUCAGGGUGUUUUGUAAGUAUAAAGUUGCUCUUACUGCACUUAAUGGCGAGCUAAUUAUUUCUAUCUUUUAAAGAGUGAUUUAUUUUUAUAUUUUUUUAGAUUAUCUUUUGUAGAUUUUUUCAUAAUUUGCAGAGAUGUUUUUGUUCAUAUUAUUAUUACCCCUUUUUCUACAUUUUUGAGGUCAUUUCUAAAUAAAGAAGUCCAGCAAUUUAUUACAGAAACUUCCAACCUUUGAUUCAUGCUUACGCUUACUUAGUAAAACCACAUUGUUUACUGCAUGUUCUGGAUUUUAUUUUUAUUUUAUGCUAUUUAGCUAACCAUACGUUUUAAAAACUACUGAAUUGUUUAUGUUGAUAUUGCAUCAUUUUGUACUUUUAUAUGUUGUUUGUUGUUUUACACCAAAGACCACAUUGGAAAUAUCUGUUAAACAGUCGCAUGAGUGAAGUUGUACAAAUAUCUGAGCAGAAAUAUACGAAUAAACUAACUGUAAAUAUAAAUCAAGAUGAAAGCUUCACACCAAUGAUGACAUAGCCUAUAAUUAUCUUCCUCCAGCUGCAUGUAAUGGCUCUGGGUGCCUAAUAAUACUCUCAUUACAGUAUUUUUAUAGCCUGAAGUGUUGCUUUUAUUGUGUUGUAAAAAUACAAAGACAGAGUGUAAUAGCAGUAACAGACCGACUGUUUUAAUGGAAAACAUUUCCGUUCAAUGCCACACUUGAAUGUCUUGCUCUUGUAAAUAAAAAGUGUUUCUUUAUGUGUUGA